UUAAGGCUGUGCUCUCGGCUGUUAUCACGGAUGUCGCAGCCGUGACAUCGUUCGCUGUUACCACGGCUGUAGAAUUCGUAUUCUCUAAGCUCUAUUAGCUCGUCGACGAUGUCUCGGCUGCGUGAGCGCACGGCUGUUCGCAAGGCUGUUUUUGAGGGAUGGGCGCAGUCGUAUUUAAAUUAUCGAUAUGUUUUUGUUUCGUAAAUAUCAGCCAUUUCGUUGUGAUAACAAUUAUUAAAUUAAUACUUUUAUAUACAAAAUGACAUUAACAAAUCAUUAGUAUGCGUUUCAUUAAAAAUAAUUGCAAAAUAUGACAUGAAAGUUGAAAUGUUUGAAAAAAUUUGGUCUUUGUUUAAUUUUAAAAAAAGUCAACUGUCAAAUCAUACGCAUUGUUGGUAAACAAAAUCCUAAAUCUUGGUAAAAACAAACUUCUAAGAAAAUAUGAAAAAAAUCCAAUCGAUUAUGUUAAGAAGUGCUACACGUGUGCUACACUUGUAUGCUUCAAAUUGGGCAUCGGUCGAUUGGGGCGACCCACGAAAACCACUUAAAAUAUUUUGUGAAACUUGGGACCGUGUAAAUAAUGUGUUAUUUUAUACAAUCGGUAACUUAGUUGCAACAGAAUCGUGAACGUGACUUGUUCUAUAACCCAUAGUGAACAUUAAUCUAAAUUAAACAAUGACUCGUAAUGCUGGUCCCUCUUCACUCCAGUUGGAAAAAUUGAUUGGGUUUAUGGAGGUGAGAACAGACCUUGCCACUGGACAUGCCCGUACAGCCAAUGCAAGAACUCGCAUGCGAAGUGGCUGGAUGGAAAUCGCCACAGUUUUAAACAGUGUUGGUGAUGGGUGUAUAAAGGACUGGAAGCAGUGGGCUAAGGAACAUGAAUGUCCAGUUCUACGGCCUCUAUGCUCUGAGACUGGUGACUCGGAAAGCAUAUUGCGACAUCUGAAUAAUGAUGUUCCUGAGCAAUCAAGCAACACUGACAAUGUGACAAUUCUGGAUGCUCAAAAUAUGCAAUGGGAAGGAACUGCAGCUGCUAUUGCUGGAGACACAGUAGCUGAAAACCUGACACCAUCCAUAGAUACUCCACAUAAUAUUAUCAUAGAAGACGUUUACACAUUACAAGAAGUUGAAAUAGCAUCCCCCCCUGACGCUGUUAGAAAUGUUGCAGUGACAGAGGGAAUACCAACAACUGGAGUAAGCGAUGGUGUCAGCGCGCGAAGGCGCAUUUGCUUUGAUUCCCCGAGUCGGCGUAGAGGCUCAUCCACACCGGCGGCGGCGCAGAGACCCAGCACCGCCGCGCAGCAUCGCCGCCGCACCGCACUCGCAUCACCGCGGGCUGGGGCCCAUCCGGUACGCCGACGUCCGCUGCAACGGUCUCCCCCGUCGCAGCGACGAUCUGAGAUGGCCAGCCUUAUCGAAAGGUUUAUUGCCAUUGAAGAGCGGCGAACCGAGGCGGAGCUCGCUUGGGCUCGGGCAAUGGAGGCCAAUGCACAGGGUCCAAAAAUACUGGCAGAAGCAUUAGACCGCUUCACUAAUGCUGUCAGUCAAUGUGUGGAAAGAGUUCUAUGUAACAGACCUCAGAAUACCUCUACAUAAUAAUUAUUAGCUCUGUUAUGUAGAACUUUAU